AGGAUUAACUCUUAACCAAAACAAACACCAAAAAUCUCGAAUUUUCUUGUUCCGAAGAAAUCCAAUCCAUGGCGGCUGGUGCUGGUGGUGGAGGGGUCUAUUGGGGGCGAAAGGAGGUCUCGGAUUUCAAAGGCGUCGUGGUUCUCUUCUCCUGGGUUUCGAUUCACGAGAACCACUUGAAGAAUUUCGUCGAUUUGUACGCCUCUCUCGGUUGGAAUUCCCUCGUUUGCCAUGCCCAAUUUGUCGAUGCAUUUUAUCCCGAGCGGGCCAUGUCAUCAGCAUUUGUCGUUCUCAAUGAGCUUGUGGAGGAGCUACGGGUCAAGCCAUGUCCUGUGGUAUUUGCCGCUUUCUCGGGUGGUACAAAAGCUAGCAUGUAUAAAGUUUUUCAGAUUAUUGAGGGAAUAAGUGAAAGCCAGCUGUAUCCGGGUGAAUAUCGAUUGGUUAGAAAUUGUAUUUCUGGAAAUAUCUUUGAUUCUAGUCCAGUUGAUUUCACAAGUGAUUUGGGCACACGGUACGCGCUUCACCCCACCAUUCUAAAAGUGCCCGGGUCUUCGAAACUUGUUUCUUGGGUAGCUAAAGGCAUUGCUUCUGGUCUAGAUGCUUUGUAUCUUACUAGAUUUGAGUCCCAACGUACUGAGUAUUGGCAGGCGUUACACUCUUCUGUUAAUUUCGGAGCACCUUUUCUUAUUUUAGGCUCUGAAAAAGAUGAUCUUGCUCCCUAUCAUAUCAUCUGCAAUUUUACUCAACGUUUACAAGAACUCGGGGGAGAUGUGAAGCUUGUGAAACUGAAGGGUUCCCCGCACAUAGGUCAUUAUGAGCAUUAUCCAAUCCAGUACAGGGCUGCUGUGACCGAUUUGCUUGAAAGGGCAGCUUUAGUUUUUUCUCAAAAGAUGCAACAGCUUGAAGAUGAAAGAACUUGCAUGGAAAGUACAAAUGAUGAGAUAUCUGCGUUAAUCUGUGACCUCCAGAAAGCAGCUGUGAACUCAAACCAGAGCCUUAGAAGAGUUGCAGUUGGACCAAGUGACCAUUUCUAUUUGCCAAGUUCAGCAGAACAUCAAACUGGUAGAGAUUCUGAGCCAUCGCAGGAUGAACUGAAAGACAAACCAGUUCAUCUCCCUAGUCCCCCGAGCAUCAAUGCACAUAGUGUUCUGGGUGAGCUUUUGUUUGAUGCAUGUGUUCCUAAGAAUGUGGAGGGUUGGGACAUCAAAUUCUGUGGCUCGUUGAAUGGACAGCCAUUUGCUUCUGCUCGUAGGCAUUCACCUUUCCAUGGUAUUAAAAACAUUCGUCGCUCCAGAUUAUAGUCUCCACGGGGAUUGACUUCUAGGAGACUCUUGUAUAGAGAGGUGAAAAUUGGUGUACGAGGUUUGCUUGAGUUGAUCAAGUUCUGAAGAGAUAACACCAAAAACGGCUAUAGGAUGGUGUAAAAAUUUGUUGACAAUGCAAAGUCUGGAGGCAAGCCCUGCCUAGGAGAUUUUCUGCGGGGCAUUUGAAUGUCAGUUGCUGUGUUACUGGGUCAAUCCUCUUGCAUGAACUGUAUAGACAGAACGAAGGAUAAAGAUAAUAUAUACGUAUAAACAUGUGUAGCUAGCAAGGGUUAUUUAAUUUGAUAAGAUUUCAACUGUGUGAUGACUGAUGAGCUAUAAAUGUCUGCGUGGAUAGGAAUGAUGAUAUACAUCAACGGGAACGAAGUAUAUGUUGAUUCUCGAUUUCGUCAUUCGUGGUUGGAGACUUGCCGUUUCGGGUAAGGAGACAGUUGCAUGAGAUUGUAUAGUGGUUUUGCAAAAAGGUGUAUAUAUUAUGAGAUCACGACUUUAGUUUUCAUUCCAGUUUUAACAGAUUCAUGCUUUGAUCUGGUUGUGGAUGAGGCUGGAAACUUUACCAUGUAAAUAAGAAGAGAAAAAGUUUGCCUCUCUUUCUACCUUGUGCUCACUUGAGUUUGAUAUAUGUACAAACGCUCAGCAAAUUUGUAAAAUUUUUGCUUUGUUUGCUGAGAUGUCCUCAUAGGGCCAGGCCAAAGAUGCUUGAAAGUUUUUUGUUUUUGUUUUUUUUUUUUUUGUUUUUUUUGUUUUUUUGUUUUUUUUGUUUUG